GUACCGCACCAGAUUUAUGUCAUGCAAUCCAUUCCCUUUCUAUACAAACCAUAAGGAACGCCCCUCACUCGUACCAUUCGACAGCGUCUUUUGGUUCUUUGAAGAAGGACCCUUCUCUUUGCGCGUGUCCCGUUCUCUUCUCCAAUCCUCCACCUUCACAAAAACCUCUGUGUAAUCUGAUCUGAAUAUAGUGUAUUCCUAUACCCAUAAGUACUAUGGAGGUUAAGCUAUGGAAUGACAAGCGCGAGAGAGAAAUGUAUGACAACUUUGCUGAGCUUUACGCCAUUAUCAAGGCCACUGAGAGGCUUGAGAAAGCCUAUGUUAGAGAUAUAAUCUCGCCACAGGAAUAUGAGUUAGAGUGCCAGAAGCUUAUAGCUCAUUUCAAAACCUUAGCUUCCACCCUCAAAGACACGGUGCCUAGCAUUGAGCGAUUUGCUGACACUUAUAAGAUGGAGUGCCCAGCAGCGAUUAAUCGCCUCGUGGUAUCGGGCGUGCCGGCUACCGUGGAGCACCGGGCAACUGCUGCUGCUUCUGCAUCUACGUCAGCUGCCAUUGUGGCUGAAUGUGUGCAGAAUUUUAUUACUGCAAUGGAUUCCUUGAAACUUAACAUGGUGGCUGUGGAUCAGGUGCACCCAUUGCUCUCGGACCUUUAUGCAUCGCUCAAUAAAUUGACAAUUUUGCCACCUGAUUUUGAGGGGAAAACCAAAAUGAAGGAAUGGAUUGCAAGGUUAUCAAAAAUGGGUGCGGCUGAUGAGUUGACAGAACAACAGGCGCGGCAGCUUCACUUUGAUCUUGAGUCUUCUUACAAUUCCUUUAUGGCAGCCCUGCCCAAUGCUGGUACAUGAUUGAGUGGCGAGUGCUUGUAAAUUAAAUCAGAAUUUCCUUUUUUCCUUUGAUUACUAAUCUUGUUGAUUGGAAAGGAAUUUUCUGUUUGGUGACAGCUUAUACAUUUUUAAUGCUGGAUCCUGGAUGUUUGCAAAUUAUGGCUUUGUGCUGAUCAUGGAAGCUUUAUUUUAUAUUGUGGAUGAGCUUUGAACUUUGCUUUUCUUUCCUGCAGUUGUUUGGUUUGAGCUUCUCUGUACUCUUAGCAAGGGUGAAAUCUUACAGAAACUUGAGUUUACAGCUGUUUGUCUGUGUCUUUCUUUUAUGUAUAGAUGAAUUACAACCACCCUCCGAAUCGACGACACAGAGGUGUUGAAUAUCCUUCAAAUAAUUGUCAUAUUAAUAGGUUUUAGUGUGCAGGACCUAUCACCUAUGCAUAUCAUUAUUCAUCAGAGCCUCUAAAUUAUAGUUAUGCAAUUAU